AUGAGUGGCAGCAAAUCCCACUCGUCAGGCCUAAGAUGCCUGCUACAUUUCUUACUGCUGGCAUCCACAGCCGUUAGCGAUGAUAGCCCUUUCACCGUGUCACCACCCAAGCCAUCGAUCUGCACGGCGAGCACCGUCACCUAUUCAUCUGCAUUGGUCAUGCCCACCGGCUCCUUUGAUAUCCACCCCGGCUCCUAUGGCAUGGGGAACUUAGGCCAGAACUGGACUUUUGCUGUCACUUCUGGAAUAGAGCUGUUGGACUGGGGCGAUGAUGGGCAAAACAUUUCGAAAUGGGUCGUUGAGAAUGGUAUGCUCCAAGAUGGCGCCAGGUCAUACACCUUCACGGUUCCAACCGAUGGAAGCUGGCUUGGCGGGAUGAUGACGGGUCUCGCAGCGUCCUCAGGAGGUUCUGCAGACUUUACACUUACCAUCACAGCCUUACUUCCCUGCAACUUACCAGUCGCAAUGGAGUGCGGCAGUAACUCCGAUCCCGCCUUUGACACAUCACAAUGGGAGGCUUGGAGUGUUGAUCAUUUCUUGUCAUCUUACUACACGAAUUAUACCAAUGGUGCUUUUGGUUCGCCAGGGUCAUUCAUGGACAGAUUCUAUAACGAUUUUACUGAUGGCGAGGGUUCGGCAUACGAUCAGUGCAAUGUUACAGAUACCGCGAUAAAUGAUUGUAAUUGGAUUGGGUCUUGCCACAAUCUCGCCACGUCUGGUCAGCCUGAUCUUACACCUUAUCAAGUGCCAGCAUACCUUACUAUGUAUGCUAUGAGGAAUUUCAUGGCCAUCCUCAACAACAUAUACACCGCACUCCAAUGGGCAAUCGGCGACAUGGAACGUAUAUAUGAAGGCUUGGGUUCCAUCUUUGUCAAAAUGCCGAGCGGUAUUUCAGAGACAUGGUACAAGGUGUUUCCCCUUUUGAAUACUAUUCUGACUAUGAUCGCUGUUAUCUUUAUUGCUAUAGAAUUACCAUAUGCUGUGGCCGCAUUGAUAGGGUCGGCUGCUGCGUUCGGUUUCGCUGGCGAUGCCGGUGCACUGACGGCUGCAGAAGUGCAAACGGAUUUUCAAUUGGAACAAAUCUGGACGGAUAGCGCGAUCGGCGAGUCAUUGGUGACGACUAUCUCUGACUCGAUCUACAACUUAAGCAAUGCGGUCUGGCUAGGCGGAGCCAAUGUUACAGAAUUCAUGAAGGGUGGCAAUUUUCUCACAGCACAGACAAGCCUGGCGGAGACCAAUGCCACAAACAGAAACGGCCCACCGUUGCAAGCUACAGAAUAUUUUGAAAAUCAGUUCGUUUCAGCUUUAAUCAAUAGCUACUACAAGGCAAAUUACGCCUAUAUUGUUUAUAUACCCUAUGGCCAGGUCCAACAACUCGAUUGCUCGAACUCGUGGGGCGAUUUCACACAGGACAUCUGUCAAAAGGAUUGGAUCGAGAAAGGGCGCCAAGACUUCUUUCACAACACUUGGAAUGAGAGCGUGGUGGCUUCAUGCAUGGACAAUGGUAUGGCCGUGUUAUACAAUGCAUAUUCCGGCGCUUGGGACAAUAGUCAGCCGCAGUCUUUCUACGUCAAAAACUUCAGCGUCAAUGAUAUCACUUACAAUCCAGUCUACAUGAUAGAGUCAUCUGUGAAUGGGUUUCUCGCCAAUGGCUUCAAUUACAACGCGACAGACGCCUGGGUCUCGCAGAUCUCCAACCCCAAUGGGGAAACUGUCCUCAAUGAGAAUAUCGCAGGAGCCAUUAUGAAUGUGCAGCAAUGGACUGCUGGCAUGUACAACCUUCCCGUUUGCGUGCAGAACAACCUAGCGUCAGUGCCGAACAGCCACUUUCAAUAUCGGUACGGAUCCAGCUGGCCUGCCCAGGUCCAGCCGUGUCAAUGCAUGUCAGACUCGGCCAACAUCACCAUUGACGGAAUCACUUCGUACUUCAGGGAUAACAUCCCGCAACAAGCCGCAAAGUAUCUCAGUGCCGAUGGUGGAUCUGGCAAUUGGUGUCCAUUUGACGAGGGAAGAUUGGGCAAGGCGUGCGAUGAUCCCUCUGAGUCUGUCGUCUCUGUUGGAUAUGUAGAGAAGUUUGAGCCCGUUGAGGAGAGUCUGAAAGCUAGUCUUGCUCCGCGAGCUAUCAGAUGUGACGAUGCUUACGACUGGGACAUUCGAGACGACUGCUUGGUGUGGCCAAUCACCAAGGGAGCAGUCUCGGUCCAAUCUCCAAGAUCCUUACACAGCUUGCCUUCCGAAUCAGUACACCUCGCCUUCCGCCGCUGUUUCCAGGAGCCAACUGUCAUAGAGUACAUUCGGCUAUUUUGUGAUACCGAAUUCCUGGUAGUGACAAGCCUGACUAUCCCGUCCGAACAUCCAAAUCAGAAGACCGAAAAGCUGGUCAUGUUAUCUAAGGGUGCUCAGGAAGCUGUAUUCUGGAUACUAAAUCUUGAGGCUUCCGUUAGCAGGCCCGCCAUAGGUACAGGUUCUAUCUAUCUGGUACAAUGUCCACCUGCAUUGGAGGACAAGAACGAGUACCUGAUGGACAAUGAUCACAUAGAGACGGAUCAGUCGUAUUGGAUGCGGCCAUACCUCCAGGAGACGCAGGGCCUGAAUGCGACAGAAAGAUAA